UAAACCUUUGUUUAUAAGUUGAAUAAGAACUUCUUCUACCAGUACCAGAAUAUAUAUUUUUUUUACAAAGGUAUCAAUCAAUCAAUCUAUCUAUCUAUCUAUCUAUCUAUCUAUCUAUCUAUCUAUCUAUCUAUCUAUCUAUCUAUCUAUCUAUCUAUCUAUCUAUCUAUCUAUCUAUCUAUCUAUCUAUCUAUCUGUCUGUCUGUCUGUCUAUCUAUCUAUCUAUCUAUCUAUCUAUCUAUCUAUCUAUCUAUCUAUCUAUCUAUCGGGAAGUAGUUUCCAGCAUCCUUCAACGUGAGCUUCACUCCACCUGGCGCUGCUGACUCCACCUUCAAGCUGUAUAAAGAAGGUAGAAAGAGAGUUUCUCCCUCAAGUCGGACUCGGGACUCGGCGGCGAGGGGAUCUGCUAUCACCUGCAAGGCAGCACACACACAAAUCCACAAAGGGGCCCUCUUUCCCCAAACUAUGGCCUCUUCGGGCGUGGAGAUCCUGGGACUGACGCUGGCCGUGGCGGGCUGGCUGGGCGUGAUGGUGGCGUGCGGCCUUCCCAUGUGGCGCGUGGCAGCCUACGUGGGCCAGAACGUGGUGGUGUCCCAGGUGAUCUGGGAGGGCCUGUGGAUGAACUGCUCGGUGCAGAGCACGGGCCAGAUGCACUGCAAGGUUCACGACUCCAUGCUGGGGCUGCCUCGAGACCUCCAGGCGGCCCGCGCCCUGGUGGUGGUCUCGGUGGUGUUCGGCGUAGCGGGUGUCGGCCUGGUAACGACUGGGGCUCAGUGCACGGACUGUAGCCAGGACGUGAGGGGCAAACGGCGUCUGGUGGUGUCCGGGGGGCUCGCCUUGACCCUGGCGGGGUUUCUGACCCUGGUGGCCGUGUCCUGGACGGCGCACGCCAUCGUGUUGGGCUUCUACGAUCCGCUUCUGGAGGACACGGGGAAGCGGGACUUCGGUAACGCGCUGUACUUCGGCUGGGCCGCCUCCUGCCUGCUCAUCCUGGGUGGGGCGCUGCUGUGGUGUACCUGUAGCCCCGGGAGAGCCGCACAGGUGCACAGGGAGCCUGCCCAGGUGGACUACUCGGCUGUAACUCGGCGCGGAUAUGACAGACGAGACUACGACAGACGAGGUUACGUGUGAUGAGCCUGUUACUAAUGUGACCAGCAGGAGGAGCAAUGAACAGUGGUUGAAUAUGUAGAAGAAUUCAGAAGUGUUUUUCUUUUUUUUUUCUGGGCCAUGUUUCUAUGGUGGUGGGUGUCUUUGUUUGCUUUUAUAUUCUAUGUAAGUGCCCUCCAAGGGGUGCGCCAGAUUAUAAGUGUAAUGGUGGUCUGGUUUAAGAUUAUACUCUAUAGUUUUUUUUUUGGGUGAAAGUACAGUGGCACCUUGAGAUACAAGUUGAAUUUGUUAUGUGACCAUGCUCAUAACUCAAAACACCCACACCUCAAAUCAACUUUUCCCCAUUUGAAAUGAAUGGAAAUGCCAUGUAUCUGUUCCAGCCUCACAACAGCCCAACAAUUAUUUUUUGUUUUUAAGAAAUAUAACAAUAAAUAAUAUUGUACUUUGUAAAAACAUACAGUAAUGUUGCUGAAAUUCAAUGGAUAUUGUGCUACUCCAUCCGGUGUGCACACCUUCGCCACCUGAGGGCAGCAAAAUACAGACAUAAACUCAGUAAGCCGCAGUAAUAUUAGCCAUAUGCUUCACAGAGGAAAAAGAAUAUAUGCCAGUGGGUAUUUUUAUAUUGUCCGUCAACGUGCUGAUGCACCUUUUGUGUUCAAAUAUCUGUUGCUUGAAGGUUAUAACAUUGCAAAACCCAGGCUAUUUGGUAGGCAUGUGUUAGCAUUAAGCUAGCGGACUUUAAGGCAAAGUUGUGUUGUUACACAAUGUGUAAUUCUAAGUAAAGUAAACAUUUAGACAAAUGUAUUUGACUCUAGUAAACAGGGAAGUGAAACAAAUGGUCGCAAUUAAACUCAUGAAAUCAUGUGGUAACCAUUUAGUUCUCAACUAUUUGUCGAUUAUAUUCUGUAUUAAAGUCACUAUCACUAUGAUAAGCACCUCACCUGUGUCAGUUUAAUAUGCAGAAAGAGGGCACAUACCAGCUGCAGCCCUGACAUGAGAUAUUUAGUUUCGGGGCAAACUUAGA